CAUCGCCACUCCUCCCAGUAAGGAAGGGCGCAUCCCGGAUAGCUAGCUGGCUAGCUGUACUCAGUGUAACGAUGGCAGUGAACCUCAGCAAAAAUGGCCCUGCAUUAACAGCUGCAUUUAAAGAAGUGGUGGAUGAAAAAUCCAACACCAACUGGGCCUUGUUCACGUACGAGGGAAACAGUAAUGAUAUCCGCCUGGCAGACAAAGGAGAUGGAGGACUGGAGGAGUUGGUUGAGGAAUUGAACAGUGGAAAAGUGAUGUAUGCUUUCUGCCGGGUCCAGGAUCCAAAUUCUGGUCUGCCUAAAUAUGUCCUCAUCAACUGGACUGGAGAAGGAGUGAAGGAUGCCAGGAAAGGAUUAUGUGCAAAUCACGUCAGCUCCAUGGCCAAUUUUCUUAAGGGGGCCCAUGUCACAAUAAACGCCAGAGCAGAGGAGGACGUGGAACCCGAGGCGAUCAUGCAAAAGGUGGCCAAAGCGUCGGGAGCGAACUACAGCUUCCACAAAGAAGCUUCCAGCCGCUUCCAGGACAGCGGCCCUCAGGGUCCCGUGGGCUCAGUGUACCAGAAGACCAACGCCAUGUCAGAAAUCAGAAAGACCAACAAAGACAACUUCUGGGCUCAGGCGGAGAAAGAAGAGGAGAAACGUCGCCAGGAGGAGCGGCGCAAGGCUGAGGAGGAGCGCAAGAUACUGGAGAAAGACACGAAAGACCGAGAGGCCAAGGAGGCAAUGCAAAGGGACAAAAGGGACAAGGAGAGGGCCACUCAAAUCGACCAACAAAAGAAGUACCAGCAGCAGCAGGAAUCCGAGAGUAAAGAGCAUGAGAAACAACGUUGGGAGGAGCAUGAGGAGAACCAGGCAGCCCAGAAGAAAGCAGUCAAGAGAGGUGAAUCUGUGGAAAAGGCCAACGAGGCAGCGUCUCUCAUCUCUCAGCGUGCCGUAAACCCCAGAGAGAUGUUCAAGCAGAGAGAGAGGGGAAUGACUCCCAGUGACUCUGACGUCCCCGCUGCCGCCCCUGCUAGCCCCCAGCCAGGGCGUCUGCAAAGCCCUUUUCUGUCUAAGCCAGUCUAUGAAAGUGAGCGAGCCAGCUCACCUCAGCGCCAAGCUUCUCCUGUCCCAGCAGGCUCCGCCUCUCCUGUCCGUGCCACAGAGCCUGAUGUGGAUGAUGGACAGUCCAGGUGUGAGUAUGAUGAGCAGGAGGAGACCCCCCAGGAGCAGCUGCAAGAGGAAGCACCCCCGGCUGCCAUCUCCCACAUCGAAGAGGCGGUUUAUGAAGAGCCGGCCCAGGUAGUGGAGGAGAUUAACUCCUAUGAGGUGACUGCUGAGGUGACUGCUGAGGAGACAUCAGACAGAGGCGUCUGUGCCAGAGCCUUAUAUGACUACCAGGCUGCUGACGACACCGAGAUCUCGUUCGAUCCCGACGAUAUCAUCACCGGGAUCGAGAUGAUAGACGAGGGCUGGUGGCGAGGAUACAGCCCAGACGGCCAUUUUGGAAUGUUCCCAGCCAAUUACGUGGAGCUUAUCUAGCCCAGCGCGUGCCAUCCCCCACCCCACCACCCCAGAUUAUCACACUGGCAGCCCUGGCAGUGGACCUCUGCAGUAAAACAACACACGCCAAAGUCGGUCCUCGCACACAAGUGAGCUGAUCAGGCUGAAACGGAGUAAAGCAUCCUCCACAUCAUGGACCAACGAACGGAUGGUAAUCGAGGCCAGAAGCUUUUGAAAUCUCUCCUCAUUUCAAAGAAAGCAAUUCCAUUAAAUUGAUGUUGUAAGCAAAUGAUGGCAUAGUUUAGGGAUUUGUGACGACCCCUAGUCUGACCAAAACUCCCUCCCACUCCCCCCCAAAUGAUCCAUCUCUUUACCUAUAAAUGUGAUGCAGUAAAAUAUCAGCCUUCGUUAAGUCUUAAAUUCAAUUGUGAGCAUUAAUGGCACUUCUUGUUAGCAUUCCUUACCAAGUGACUUCAGUUCUAUUUCAGGUAUAAUUCUUUUGUUGUUACUUGUAGCAAAUGUUCCUGUACAUUUCAGGAAAAAAAAAAAAAAUCAAAGAUGGCGGUACCGGCUACAGUAUAAUCUUUUGCCUUGUUUUUGCCUUUCUUUACCGGCAGACUGAAUUUCCCUCUUUCUUUUUUUUUUAUGUGAUUGAACUUACAUCCUGUGUGAAUUUCAAACCAUGUUUUAGUACUGAUCUGACUGUGGUUGAAGUGAAUAUUUAAAAAAAAAAAAAAAAGAAUAAA